UCAAAUUCUAAGUGUAAGCCAUUAGUCAGUCUUAGCCAUGGCUAUAGAUGACUCCUUUGUUAAACCAGGUGCGGUUCCAUUCAAGUGGGAAAUUAGGCCCGGUGUCCCUAAGCCCGUAAACCAUCAUCACAAACCACCAUCCAACGAACGUAAAUCGUCUCUUAAGCCACCACCAGCUAGUCCAACAUCAUUCCAUUUCCCCUCCUCGCCACGAACCCAAUCUAGUCGUUUUCAGUUUGAUAGUAAGCGCUCCAUAAUGGGUCGGCCCGAGGUUGUAUCUACAUUGGGUUGCUUUCCAACAACCCGAAAUAAAGGAGAUAGUCAAAGAAAAACUAAUAAACUUCAUGUAGACCCUGUCUAUAAAUCGGACCUUGAGACAUUGUCACAUUGGUCCAUGUCUACUAGAAAGUCGCCUUCACCAUUUUAUGACUCGCCGUCUUCUUCUUCCUUCUCGUCCUACCGAUCAUCACCACGCGUGGUGACCGAUGUGGAAUGGGCAGGGUACGGUCUAUUUUAAAGCACAAUGUCAAUACGUACAAUAUGGUCUGGCCUCGACAAGACUUUUAUGGUACAAUUGAUAGAAUAGUCAAA